ACGAUCAUAUAUUAAUGUUUAAUAAUGGUAAAUACAAUUUUAAUAUCAUUUCUAGUGGCUACACUGAAUUUUCCCGCGCAAUUAAUCGAUUUAUGAAUUCAUUGUAUAGUAAGCUUGUGCUCUCUUAUAUGGACGUGACGAAUAAACGAGAGAUAUCGAAUUUAACAGAAUGGCGUUUAGUUUGGCUGCUUUUUCAUACAUUUUAGCUUUAAUUGUAGAUGCAAUUUUAAUAUUUUUUGUAAUAUUUCAUGUUAUUGCAUUUGAUGAACUACAAUCUGGACAGAAAAAUCCAAUUGAUCAAUGCAAUAGUUUAAAUCCGCUUGUACUUCCAGAAUAUGCACUACACGUUUUGAUCAAUUUUUUCUUUUUGAUAAGUGAACAAUGGUUUACAUUAUGUUUAAAUAUUCCAUUAAUAGCAUAUCAUGUUUGGAGAUAUUCAAAUAGACCUGUUAUGACAGGACCUGGUUUGUACGAUCCAACUAGUAUUUUAAAUGCAUAUGAUUUAGCAAUGUUUCAACGAGAAGGAUGGGUUAAGUUGGCCUUUUAUCUUCUAUCAUUUUUCUUUUAUUUAUAUGGUAUGAUAAGUUCACUGAUUCAAUGAAAUCAACGUAAAUAAUGUUUUAUGCAUAAUUUUUUACUUUGAUAUAAUGCAAUGGCAUUAAACAGCUUUUGUGCUACCCCAAUGGUGAUUCCAACAUGGAUAAUACCCUAAAUGGCGUAAAAAUUGUUUUUUUCCGUGGACCAUUUGAUUGCAAAUGGAGUAAAAGACUGCUUUAAUUAAAAUGAACUCACCUGAAAUGAACAUUGUUCAGUUAUUAUAAUCCAGGUGUAAUCCCAUUCAUUGUCCACCAUUAUCUUCAAGACCUUUUUUCAAUGAGCUACCAUUUUGACCAAUAAGAUUAGUGGAUGACACCCCCACCAAAAAGAGGACUUUUGAUUUAAAACAGAUAGUACAUUUAUCCUAUAUAUAUAUAUGCUUACAAUAAUACCACGUAUGAGGAUGAUACAGGAUGAUACAGAAGGAUAUAAAAUGACAUUACAGUGAAGUGAAUGUUAAAAUCUUAUAAACAGAAGUGUUUACAGUAUUAUUGUAUAAAUA